AAGAUGCCAGCAUUUUCGAAAAAUCCAGGACCAUCGCAGCUGUUUCGUCGUGGCGGCUUGACGCUCGAUAAUUGGCUGCAAAUAUGGAGGUUCCUCUACCCAGAAGACCUAAUUGCACUACGUGGCACCUGCAAAAUGCAGCACCAACUAUUUCCGCACUUGCUCCAGAUAUUACUUGAUUAUGACUGGAUGAAGACACAGGUGGUUGAUGGUUGUCGCUAGUACUAUAGGAAAUAACAAAAUACCAUACGCAUAGACAUUGAUUAGAGUGUAGCGAUAGAAGAACAGUCGACUACCUACUGACUAGAACGAGCUGCAGCAGCAACGUCGAAUCGAACAAUUUUUGUAAUACAACAUCGCUCAAGUUGAAUCCCCCACCUCUAACCCGUUCUAUGGAUCGCGAAAGUUGGUUCCGAAUUCCCUCUGGCUCAGUUGGAGGAAGAGAUGAUGAAAUUUUUGACUGGGUCCUGGUACGAGAAGAUUCUAGAGUUGAGGACGAACUAUGCAGAAGGUAUGGAACAGUUUUUAGCGAAAGUAUCGGACAAACGGUUUGUGAAACCGAUUUGGCGUCCUUACAUCGAAGGCCUUUUGUUGUUGCUAAGGUGUUACGAGUCUGUGUCCAGAGGACGCGCGAAAGCGAAUUUGGGAUGGUACUGUUAAAUCUAUGUUGUUGGCAACAGAUGGCUUGACAUUGAGGAUCCUAUUUGCACUUUUGCUACGUAUCUCUCCAUCUCAAAUUCUUCAACGACAAGGCACAAGAUUCUAUUGCAUUUUCAGUACUCUGACAACUCUGUUAAUAAUUAUACGAAUGAUCAUGUACCACCACAUCAUCUGAAGUGUUCCGAGUACCCUGUCAAAUAAACCACAGGUGGUAUCAACACAGUAUUUUCGGAGCGCAAACCUUUGAUCGGAACCAGCAUGAGAAUUUCCGCAAGAUAAAGCGCUGGUUUGGCGGUCUUGACUCGAAGAAGAAAGGCGGGGGGAAAAUAAGAGCGAGAGGAACAACAAGUGUCGAG